AUGGCGACGACCGUGACCCGAAAUGUCCUGACUCCGGUCAAGCAAACCGCCCCCGCCGCCACGGUCAAAGCGAGUCCCGGCAACUGGAGGCAUCCUCGACUGGCCGAGAUAACGAAGCGGCGAAGCAGGACUGUCUUUGGCGAAAGGAACGUGAGGCAGAUCGCAUACAACUCUUUGGCCCUCUUCGUCAUCGAGGGUCUGCGGACGGUUUUUCACCCUUACUCUCGCGUGGACUUCCUCACCCUGAGUUCCAAGAGCUCCAGCAGCUGGAUCUACGCCGCCGUUCUCCUGGUCCCUCUCUUCAACAUCGUCGUGGCACUCCUGCCGCUUUUCCGCCCAGCCGAUGACCUCUCCGACAUCCCCCUGACGCCUUCCCAGAGGAAGCUCCUCGGGCUGCCGUCGAUCACGAAAGCGACCCCAGGAGGACCCUCCAUCAGCACACCUCCCAAGUACUCCAGGACGCCAUCGAUGGCAGGAAUGCCGGCUAGCAUGAAGACUGGAGGCUCUGCUGCGCUGUCGGCCGCCAACAACGGUAGCCCGGGAAGAACCCUCAACGCGCAGCCGUACUCGCCCUCGCCCGUCAGCCCUCUUUUCCAGAAGGCCAUGCAGGGAAACAGGCAGUCCGCGGUGAACGUUCCUAGCCCGCUCGGCGCCAGCACUGCGGGCAACAACCCCUUCUUGUCUAGCAUCAGCAGUAGCGCAUUUGGAUCUAGCACGGGCAGCAGCGUGUUUGGUGGAGAGGGUCCGGCCACGCCGACCCCGGCGUCGGGAAAGCGGUCGAAUGUAUCGAGUGUUGCGUUGACUAACAAGUGGCUUUUUGAGAAGGGAAGGAGGUCGCCGAGCAGCAGCGUGAUGCAGCAGAGUCUGUGA